AUGGAAAGGUUUCUGCGCUCCUGGAGGCAGGACGCGCUGAACCGUGGUCAGCAUGAUUCCGCAAUCUACAUUGGGGACAAAGUCCUAGCGCUCACUAACAGUGAUUCUGACGCGUUUUGGCUGGCUCAAGUACACUUCUCAAAUAAUAACUUCACCCGCGCCCUGGCUCUUCUGUCCCGCAAGGAUCUCGUUUCUCGAAGCACCGCCUGUCGCUACCUUGCUGCGCACUGCUACAUCAAACAGAAUCAAUUCGAUCAAGCCCUCUCCAUUCUCGGCGAACACAAUCCCACGGACCUCAUUCGCAAUAACCACACCCGGCGCAAGAUCCAACACCAAAGCCAUGUCACACUGCGCAACGGGAAGAGCGCGACGCCGCGCAGUGAUCGAGCGGAGGAGCGAGAGCGUGAGGAUGCCAAUAAUGUCCGGUUUGAAGCUGCCAUGUGUUAUUUACGGGGACUCUGCUUCGCCAAGCAGAAUGCGUUUGAUCGUGCCCGGGACUGUUACAAGGAUGCCGUGCGCAUCGACGUGCAGUGUUUUGAAGCAUUUGACCAACUCAUGAAGAAUUCCCUAAUGUCUCCCACGGAGGAAUUGGAAUUCCUGGAAUCACUCGACUUUGAUUCCGUUUCAUCACCAGAUCCAACCAUGGCACAGGAAGCCGCCCAUUUCACGAAGAUGCUUUACACCACUCGUCUAUCAAAAUAUUCCUCCCCCACCAUACUCUCCGAUGCCACCGAAACCCUCUCCACACAUUAUAAUCUUGCAGAGAACCCGGAUAUCCUUUUAUCCCGCGCCGAAGCUCUGUAUACGCAAUGUCGAUUUGCAGAAGCUCUGGAAUUGACGUCCUCCAUCCUCUCCACAUCUCAAUCAACCGACCUGACCUCCACAAAUCCCAGCAUUCCCGCCCAAAAUAACCUCGGCCAUGCUCCAGCCAUCUAUCCGCUCCACUUGGCUUGUCUUUACGAGACCGGUGCCACGAAUGCCCUAUUCUUACUCUCUCACAUGCUCGCCGAUCACUCUCCCGAAGAGCCUUACACAUACUUAGCAAUCGGAGUCUACUAUCUCUCGGUAUCAAAGGUAGCUGAAGCGCGGCGUUUCUUCUCCAAGGCCUCAUUGCUGGAUCCCCAUUCGGCCCCGGCUUGGAUUGGAUUUGCGCACACCUUUGCCGCAGAGGGCGAACAUGACCAAGCUAUCGCGGCGUACAGCACCGCUGCUCGACUUUUCCAGGGCAGUCAUCUCCCCCAGCUCUUCUUAGGAAUGCAACACCUUGCCCUAAAUAACAUGUCUCUGGCGCACGAGUAUCUAUGUGCUGCUCAUGCUAUGUCAACGGGAGCUGCCCCGGGCUCUGUGCCUUCUCUUACACCUAAUCCGUCAGGGAUCGUUUCAGCCGUCGGCGGAGACCCACUGGUUCUCAACGAGCUUGGAGUUGUCUUUUACCAUCAGAAUCAUCUUGGCGGCGCCGUUGAAUUGUUUGGGCAAGCACUGGCGCUAGCUACUACGCUCCACUGCGAACCUAGCGCCUGGGUGGCUACACGGGCGAACCUGGGUCAUGCCUUCCGUCGCAUGGGCCGUCUGUCCGAGUCCCUUCGUGAAUUUGAUGAAUGUCUUCGCGUGGGCGCAGGAGGGAGCAGCAUGGGCUACUCGCCGUUUUUGGGUGGUGGUACGGGAGGCUCAGCGGCGAUCGCAACCGCAUCCGGGGUUGGGGGCUACGAAGAUCGGGGCCUGACGGGCUCUCUUCAUACGUCUCGUGGCCUUGUGUUACUGGAGUUAGGACGAACUACAGACGCAGUGACUGCCUUGCAUGAGGCCGUGCGUGUACUUGGGGCGAGUGGCGGCGGCGAUGCCGCCGGGGGUGCUGGUGUGGCCGGUACACUACUUUCACGUGCACUUGAGUUGUGGGCCUUGGAGGGGCGACAAAAUGAUCGCGCGGCUUUUGAGGAAAGCAUGCGGGAAUCUAGUGCAGCCUCUAAGCGCCGGGGAUCUAAUCGGUCUCGUGAACACAAGGGUAAAGAGCGAGUUGCCGCGGAAGAGAUGUCUCGCCGACGUGGACGUCAUGAGUCCUUUCUGGAAGAAUGGACGGACGAGGCGCCACGUGUCGCCACGCCCCCGGCUGAAGAUGAAAAGGUUGAAAUGGAUCUUGAUGAGGAAGCUGACGGGCUUUUACGCCGAGCUCUUGGCCGUGUACGGCACAGUCGACAACGUCGACCAGCAGUACCUGCCACCCCGGACAUGGAUACUGAGACCCCUGCUCCAUCCAGUGGCCGCAAUCGGGGGAUACGACAUAGUCGGAGUCACUCUGGACAUUGA